ACAUUAGAUUUAUCUUCUUGUUUUAUUCAAAUAUAUAUAUAUAUAUAUAAUUGGUUUCAAUUUUCAAGAAUUAUAUUACGAAAAAAAAAAUGUCUCAUUUUUCCAAAAUCUUAUCGUUCUCAUUAUAUUCGAUCGUGAUCAACUUGUUCAUGUUCACUACUGAGAUCACCAGCUCAGAAAGCUCAACCUGUACCAGAAAAAACUGCUCUCCAACUGGAUUAACAAUCAGAUUUCCAUUUCAAAUAUCCGACGGCCAUGAUCGUCCGUACUUUAAUCUCCAAAACUCACCUCGUUGUGGCUACCCUGGUUUCGAGCUCUCAUGCAGAAACAACACCAGCGACGCCAUUCUCUCUCUUCCCGCCGGCGACUUCGCCGUCAGGAUGAUAUUCUACGGCGCACAGGUGUUGACAAUCGACGACCCGGACAACUGUCUCCCCAGACGCUUUCUCGACACGAAAUUCACCGUUUCCGGCACGCCUUUUCGGGUCCGAAACCUCGGGAGCUUCACGUUCCUCAACUGCUCGUCGGCGCCGGAAACCGGCAACGGCAACGGCGUCGAACCGGUGAUCGUUCCGUGCCUCAGUGGGAGUGGUUACACGGUUGUGGCUAUGCCGGAGAUUUUUGCGUCGGUGUUUUUGUCGACGCCGUCUUGUAGUGUUGUUUCGACGGCGGCUCUGGUUCCGGUGACGUCGUCGGAAAAGUGGUGGGAAGGAGAUUGGGGGUUUUAUUUAAGAGCCUCUGUAGGGCUGACGUGGCGGGAACCUGAUUGUGGUCAAUGUGAGAAGCUUGGAGGAGAAUGUGGCUUUGUGAGUGGUGGUGACUUGGAAAUUGGCUGCUCUCAUCUUCCAACUAAGCAUGGUCUAUCCAAGGGAGUCCAAUACAUCUUUUAUUUCAUCACAUUUCUAGGAAUAUUAGGGUUUUUGUACUUCAACUGUCGACCUAAAUGUCACAACCAGGAAACUAACACCAGAAUUUUUAGACACAUUCAUUGGAGAAAUAAUAAUCAGCAUAAUCAUCAAUUGCCCAAUACUAACACUAGUACUAGUACUACUAUUCUUCCACGUCAUAAUGAAGUCAACAUCGGUGGACUACCGCCAGUCGGUAUUGACAAAACAAUUAUUGAAAUGUACCCAAAAAGGUUGAUCGGAGAGAGUCGACGACAUAUUAAAUCUGAUUACAAUAGUUGUUCGAUAUGCCUGACUGAAUAUCAACCAAAUGAUACGGUGAGAACUCUUCCCAAUUGCUUUCACUACUUUCACUCGGACUGUAUCGAUGAAUGGCUCAGAUUGAACGCCUCUUGCCCUAUCUGUCGGAACUCACCGCUUAUAUCUCCUUCUCCUUUGCCUACCCAAUAGAUAAAUAUUUUUAUAGGGUAAAUAUGUGCCUUUAACUAAAUUGGUAUACACACAUGUAUUUUUCACAAUAAAUGAAAAAGGAAUACUAAUUAGUAUUCAACCAUUUUUUCUGUUAAUUAUUGAAAUGAUAA